CCCCGGCGCCCAGGUGGUGAGCCAGCGAGGCUCCGGGUCCUCUGCCGCGCGCCCCCCCCCCCACCCACCCACCCCUGGCUCCAUGGAAAGCGCGCUGGCCAGCGCCGCUCCCUGAGUCCGGGCGCAGCCGCCGUCCAAGCUGCACACUGGAGUUCCAAGGCUCGCCCCUCUCUGGGGCAUCUGGGAAGCGCGCACCAUGAAGUCCGUGCUGUUCAGUCGCUUCUUCAUCCUCCUGCCCUGGAUCCUAAUCGUCAUCAUCAUGCUCGACGUGGACACGCGCAGACCCGCGCCCCCGCUCACCCCGCGCCCGUACUUCUCUCCUUACGCGUUGGGCCGCGGGAGCGCCCGCCUCCCGCUCCGCAGGGGCGGCCCGGGGCGCAGCCCGGAGAAGCGCAAUGAGUCUCGGGCCCAGCCGCCGCCCCAGCCGCAGCUGCCCACCAUCUAUGCCAUCACGCCCACCUACAGCCGCCCGGUGCAGAAAGCCGAGCUGACCCGCCUGGCCAACACCUUCCGCCAGGUGGCGCAGCUGCAUUGGAUCCUGGUGGAGGACGCCACGGCGCGCAGCGAGCUGGUGAGCCGCUUCCUGGCGCGGGCCGGGCUGCCCAGCACGCACCUGCACGUGCCCACGCCGCGGCGCUACAAGCGGCCUGGGCUGCCGCGCGCCACGGAGCAGCGCAACGCCGGCCUCGCGUGGCUGCGCCAGAGGCAUCAGCACCAGCGCGCACAGCCCGGCGUACUGUUCUUCGCCGACGACGACAACACCUACAGCCUGGAGCUUUUCCAGGAGAUGCGGACAACUCGCAAGGUCUCUGUGUGGCCAGUGGGCCUGGUUGGCGGACGACGCUAUGAACGUCCAUUGGUGGAAAACGGCAAAGUCGUUGGUUGGUACACCGGCUGGAGGGCAGACAGGCCUUUCGCCAUCGACAUGGCAGGAUUUGCUGUAAGUCUUCAAGUCAUCUUGUCCAAUCCAAAAGCUGUAUUUAAACGUCGUGGAUCCCAACCAGGGAUGCAAGAAUCUGACUUUCUAAAACAGAUAACAACAGUUGAAGAACUGGAACCUAAAGCAAAUAACUGCACCAAGGUUCUUGUGUGGCACACCCGGACAGAGAAGGUUAAUUUAGCCAACGAGCCAAAGUACCGCCUGGACACAGUGAAAAUUGAGGUCUAAAAUGGAGAAGCAACUGGUGCAGCUUUCCAGUCCCGGAAUAUGGAAGAGGAUGUUUGCAGUUUAGGCUGAAAAGCAUUCAGGUAUUAUUCAUGUUACUUCAGUACAACAGCCGAUUUAUUGUCAUCUGAUGGACAUCUGUUUAAACAGAGCUUGUCAGUUAACAUGUUAAUUGGAUGGUACAAAGUGUGUAUAUUGUCUUCAUUUGUUCUGCAUGUUUUCCUUACAAUUUAAUUGGAAGAUUUCUGUACAGUACAGCUGAAUGACUAAAUGCAAGGUAUCAUUCUGAGUAUAUCUUUUGUUUUCCCAUUUGCUCUUACAACCGGUAGAACUGAACAGAUUUUAGAAACACAUGACAGGUAUUUUGUCAACUAAACUUCCCAAUUCCUGACUCUGCAACAUUAAGAAAUUUUUGGACGGCUGGUGGUAGUUUACAUCAUAAGAAAUAAACCCACAAAUAAAAAGUUCUAUGGAUUCAUCUGUUUAAUAUAGGGAAAUAACAUUUUGUCAAUACUAGGCACCAUAAAAUGUAAACACAAUUACUGUCAUAAACCUGGACAUACCUUCAAAGACUGAAAGUGGCUUUGUUUUAGUUACCCUGUUUGCAUAUAGUGCAGGAAAAGAUCUUUGUUGGCACUAUGUACAUAAAAAGAGAUCCAAAUUACAAGAGAGGCAGAUAAAAUUUGAAUUAAACAGUCACUAAAUUGUUUUGUAGUAACAUCCAGGUUUAUCUUCCUUUCACUAACCACGUUCCCUGUUAAGCACAUCAUAACAACAGCACAAUGACAGGAAAUGAUGAAAUAAAAUAAUUUUGAUACACUAGAAAACAGUGCUCAGUGAUACAUUUACAUUCUAUUUAUAUGAUUAAACAUUUGAUCAUAUAGUACCUUCCUACAGGAUUACUGGCUAAUUCAGGGGCAAGGUUUAUACUGUUAGAGGUAUUACUAACAUGAUAACUACUUCCCUUAUAUGCAAACAUUAGAGCUAUAAUUUUAUUGAGAGUAAAACUGAUUAUGCAAGUUGACUGAGCAGCUUCUCAUAUAGUGUGGUUAAUUAAGUCAUGGGAAAUGUGACCAAAGCUGCCCUUCACAUAAAAUGGUUUCUCAUCCUGCUUUUCACCAAAUUUAAUCAGUACAGACCAACACAGUCAACCAGGUAAUUCUUAACAUGAACAAAUGGGGAGAAAGAAAAUAUAUAUAUAUGUACAUGAAUAAACAGGAACUAGAUGCGUUUUAGCAAGGAAUGUCAGGUGUUAGUUCUGGAUGAAACUCGUAUUACAGUUUUCAUUUCCACAGUUGUGUGCUGAGAGUCUGACCCGAUGAACUUCCAGACCAUCCUGCUGUUGUGUUCGGGGGCUGGCCAAAACCAGGUGUAGGGUUUGGACUACUGAUACUCAUGCCAGCCAUUUGCUGAUUCAUCUGUGAAACACAUAAACAACUUGGUUUAAAAUGAUUCAUUUUUUUUCUUUAGCUACAGUUGGACAUUUUUUCAUUAAUGUGAAAGUUAGUCAAAGCCAUAGGGUAAAAAGCAGACCACCAUACAAAUAUUUCUUUACAAAGCACAAAUAACUCCUGUGUUUCCUACUUGUUCUUUAUUUUCUUCCUUAUUUUAGCAUUAUCUAUAAAAUAUCAAUCAUAUUAUUCAGAUUCUACAUCCAAUUUCUUGUCCCCCCAAGUUAAUAACCACAACUUUAAAUAACAAUCUUUGUUGUAUCUGGGUAUUAUGAAAUGAGCCAAUUAUUCUCAACUUUCGGGACUAAGAAAAUAGAGUACUCUAAAAUUAGCCCAUAAAUUUUUGUAUGAUGGCUGUAAGAAUUCUGUAUUAAAACCCUAAAUGGCUCUACAUUCUUUCUGAAUAUCAAACAAGUGAUUAUAAUAUAUACAUCUAAAAUUAAUUUUCAUUGUAUGCUAUAAAUUAUAAGAUUACAAAUAUUUUUCUAAAUAGGCUAGUGUCAUAUAUAUAGAAAUAUACCAAAAGUUCUUGGAAAAUUGAAUUCAAUGGUACAUUUUGGUGCAAAAAUAUUCUUCAAAAAGUUCAUGAAAUGUAAUUUUUUGCAACAACUAUUUUUAAAUUCCAUUUUUCUGCUAUCAAUAUAAAAGCAUUUUAAUUGUAUGGUUCUCUUCUAAGAAUGGUGAUA